AUGACGGCAACGAAAAACAUUCUCAUCACCGGCGGUGCUGGCUUUCUCGGACCUAUCCUAGCUAGCAAGCUACUCAAGAACAGCGCAAACCGCGUGGUGCUCACGGACCUCAAGGCGCCGGUCCCGCCAAGGAGCUUCUCCGACGAUGAACGCUGUGUCUGCGUCGGCGCUGAUCUCACAGUCGGUGAUGAAAUCACGAGGCUACUCGCUCUCAAUCCCAGCUGGGAUGCCAUCUUCAUCUUCCAUGGCAUCAUGUCGGUGGGCUGCGAGGCAAAUCCCGCGCUUUCCACCAAGGUCAACAUUGAAGCAACGCAGGCUCUAUUGACGGCCGUUUCGAAACUACGCAAUGGCGACAAGAAGCCGCGUGUUGUCUAUGCCUCGACGCAAGCUGUAUAUGGGCCGCCGUAUACCACGAACGGGACCAUAACCGACGAUACACCAGCGACCCCCAUUGGCGUAUACGGCACGCACAAGCUCAUGAUGGAGGCCUUUGUCAACGACUUUCACCGUCGCGGCCUGCUGGACGCUUUUAGCGUGAGACUGCCGACGGUGACGGUUCGUCCCGGGGCGCCCAGUCGCUCGGCCGCAUCCUUCCUGAGCGGCAUGGUGCGCGAGCCCAUGGCCGGACUAGAGUGCAUCAUGCCGAUUGACGACCACGCGGCCAGACAGGUCAUCUGCAGCCCGCGCGUCAUGAUCGAGAAUUUCGUCCGGGUCAUGGAGGCGCCGAGCGACGCCAUGCCGGCGCACAUUCGCGCCGUAUACAUGCCGGGCAUCUCGGUGACGGUCGGCGACAUGGUCAAGGCGGUGGGUGCGGUGUGUGGUGAGGAGAAGCUGGCUUUGCUAAAGGUGGAAAGAGAUGUCGAAGCGGAGAGGCUGCUGAAUAGCUGGCCGCAGACCUCGGAUUUUGGGAAUGCAAAGAGGAUGGGUCUCGGGUUUGACUCUAGCUGCGAACAGAUUUUCCAGGAGUAUGUCGAUAGCUUAAACUAG